CCCGAGAACCACUCACCAUUCAACCAACACUCCUUUCAGGACAUUAACCAUCUUGUACACCCAAAUUCGCUCUUCAGGACUUCAAGAAAGCUGAGAACACCUUAGAAGAAGAGGAAGAGACGUCAUCUAAUAUCAUCUUUCCGCCAUCUUGGAAAAAGUCGGCUUGCCCAGUUUCACGUUAGAAGUUCACAAGGACACUGAACAGAAGAAAUGUCUCUGUCGGCCCUGACGUACAUUGCCAGGCGUGGGAUGGCCACCAAACUGACUGUUAACAACCUGGCCAUUAUCGGCAGUGGUCAAAUGGGCGCAGGGAUAGCACAGGUGGCAGCUGCGACAGGCCACAAGGUUGUACUGUGUGACACAGCAGGAGACAUUCUGGAGAAGGCACAGGCUGGCAUACAGAAGAGCUUACAGAGGGUCGUCAAGAAGAAGUUCGCAGAUGACCCUGAGAAAGGCCAAGCGUUCAUCACCAGCACCAUGGCUAACAUUGAGACAACCACAGAGCCAGCCAAGGCUGUGGUGACGGCUGAUCUGGUGGUGGAGGCCAUUGUGGAAAACCUGGCAGUCAAACAGGAGCUGUUCAAAACACUGGACAAAUUUGCACCUGCAAAGACAAUCUUUGCCAGCAACACCUCGUCUCUGCCCAUCACUGCCAUCGCUAACAGUACACAGCGCCAGGACAAGUUUGCUGGUCUUCACUUCUUCAACCCCGUCCCUGUUAUGAAACUAGUGGAGGUUGUCCGAGCUCCAGGAACCAGUCAGGCGGUGUACGAGUGUCUGAUGGACUUCAGCAGAGCUCUGGGCAAACACCCUGUCACUUGUAAGGACACUCCAGGCUUCCUUGUGAACAGGUUGUUGGUGCCAUACAUGAUGGAGUCUAUCAGGUUAUAUGAGAGAGGAGAUGGAAGUAAGGAGGAUAUUGAUGUUGCCAUGAAACUGGGAGCAGGCUAUCCCAUGGGACCAUUUGAGCUGCUAGACUAUGUUGGGCUGGACACAUGCAAGUUUAUCAUGGAUGGUUGGCAUGAGUUGGAACCAGACAACCCGCUGUUCCAACCUAGUCAGCUGCUGAAUGAACUUGUGGCAGCAGGCAAACAUGGGAAGAAGACGGGGGAAGGCUUCUACAAGUACUAACUCAUCACAUCCCAGCAACCAUACAACAACUGUGCUAUCUCAACAUGUACAACCCACUGGGAAUAAAGUUAAGAGAACAUCAAAAUGUGAUGUUUCUUUUAUUGGCUCAGUUUGAUAAGACACAAAGUUGGACUCAGUAUAACUCAGUCUUUCAUACAUUUUAGCCUUGGAUGAGUGUAAAUGGAAACUACUUACAUUAUACAAUGUAUGUAUGAACACUUCUCCAAAACAGUAAAAAUCGUCAUUCAA